AUGAUCGACGAACUCACCUACGCCAUGAUCGAAUCUGAUUUCCAAGCCAAUCUAAUCAGUCCAGACUAUGUCUCAUCUCUCCGACUCAGAACCAUUCGAAAGUCUCUUCCUCAGGAACUGGAAGGUUUCGAUGGUCACAUCGCCUCGCCGAUCACACAUGAGACAGUCCCCACCGAUAUAUUUAUCGGCGACCACCGGGCCUUGAACAACGCCACGAUCGAAAACAAGUAUCCCUUGCCCCUAACUGGGGAAUCCCUCGAUCGACUCUCCGGUGCCAAGAUUCUUUCAAAGCUCGAUCUCCGCGGUGCCUACAAUUAA